AUGGCCUCCAAGAUGGCCUGGUCCAAGAGCACCCGCAUCAAGGUCAUGAUUGCUAUUGACACGGCCUUUUUCUUGCUCGAACUGAUUUGUGGCUUCCUUGCUCAUUCGCUGGCAUUAACUGCUGAUGCUUUCCACAUGCUCAACGACAUCAUCUCCCUUGCCAUCGGAUUGUGGGCUGUUGUUGCGGCCCAGAAAGCAACGACCGACGAAUUCACCUUCGGAUGGGUUCGCGCUGAAAUCCUAGGUGCCUUCUUCAACGCCGUCUUCCUCAUCGCACUCUGCGUCUCCAUCAUCCUCGAAGCUCUGACUCGAUUCGUUGAACCCCCCGAGAUUAACCAACCCAAGCUUAUUCUCAUUGUUGGAUGUGCUGGCCUGGUCUCCAACUUGCUCGGUUUUGUUGUGCUUGGUGGUCACGGUCACUCCCACGGCGACGAAGAGGAUGGCCACGACCACGACCAUGACCAUGGUCACCAUGACCACGAACAUAGCCACGUGGAGGAGAACAGGCCCUCGGAUGACCUUCGUAGCGCCGUCGCCGACGAAGACGGCGUAGUAGGUGACGUGCUCCCAGAAGUCAUUGCGCAGCGAGCCGUUGAAAGUCCCGAGACUGCUCGCCGUAUCCGAUUCGGAGAUGACACUGCCGCCCGAGAUGAUUCAACCAGCCAAAGUCGCGCAACCCCCCAGGCAAGAGGACGUGGUAGACGUCGCUCUAGUAAGUCUGGACACUCUCGCUUUCACAGCAUCGAAGACAUGAGUAUCCAUCCUGCCAGCUUCCGCCAAGAUAUUAUCGCCGCCAGCCUUGCCGCUUCUUCUGGGGCUGGUAUUGUUGCCGAUAGUGACACAAGUGAAGACGCUCCGAUCGGCGACUUGGAAACCGAUGUCAACGAAGAAUCACCACUGCUCGUAGGCGAUGGAAAGGGUAAUAACGGAACCAUCAACCAUUCUCACUCACAUUCACACUCUGUAUCCCACAAGCGACCCCGCCGAGACUCAAGUGUCCAUGACGGCCACAACCACACGCUGCCGAGAAAGGCCGGAGCCAAGGCCAGUGGUCACAACCAUGCUGACAUGGGUAUGAAUGCCAUGAUGCUACACGUUCUUGGUGAUGCACUGGGUAAUGUUGGCGUAAUUAUCACGGCCCUCGUCAUCUGGCUCACCGACUGGCCCGGCAAACUGUACUGCGAUCCCGCCGUGUCACUCCUCAUUACUGCCAUUAUCCUCAAGACUUCGAUUCCUUUGACUCGCGCCACCGCAAGAGUCCUUCUCCAGGCUACCCCUGAGAAUAUCUGCAUCCAGGAUAUUCGCCAAGACAUCGAAGGACUUCCCGGCGUUGUCAGCUGCCACCACAUUCACGUAUGGCAAUUGUCAGACACAAAGGUUGUGGCCAGCAUGCACUUGCAAGUUGCUUUCCCUAUCAACGAACACAGCGGCGAGAAAUACAUGCAGCUCGCCAAGAGAGCCAGGAAGUGUCUCCAUGGCUACGGCAUCCAUAGUGCUACCAUACAGCCUGAAUUCUGCCUAGAUCAACAACACCGACACGCAGGUGAUGCCGCGGCUCUACGAAUGGACGGCGGUUUAGACGGAACUGGCGAGAAUGCAUGCCUUCUGGAUUGUAUUGACGACUGCAGAGGGCAAGGUUGCUGUCCCAGCGGUGAUGCUUCGUCCAAGGCAUCAUCGACACGCCGCAGCAGCGACUCAAUACAUGGCGGUGACGGGCAUUAA